AUGGCUCGCCGUUAUGACUCCAGAACGACCAUCUUCUCGCCGGAAGGCCGUCUUUAUCAGGUGGAAUACGCGAUGGAGGCCAUCUCGCACGCAGGAACUUGCCUCGGAAUCCUGGCCAAGGACGGGAUUCUGAUCGCCGCCGAGAAGCGCAACGUGCACAAGCUGUUGGAUGAUACGGUGCUAUCUGAGAAGAUCUACCGCCUGAGCGACAACAUUGCCUGCACGGUUGCCGGGAUCACGGCCGACGCGAACAUUCUCAUCAACCACCUGCGUUUCUGGGCGGCCAGUUACAAGUUACAAUACGGCGAGGACAUCCCCGUCGAGCAGCUUGUCAAGAAUCUCUGCAACGAGAAGCAGCGCUACACACAAGUUGGAGGCAAACGCCCCUUCGGCGUCUCGCUGCUCUACAUCGGAUGGGACAAGCACUACGGCUUCCAGCUCUAUCAGUCCGACCCCUCUGGCAACUACACCGGCUGGCGGGCGACGUGCAUCGGAAAUAAUCAUCAGGCUGCCGUCUCCCUGCUCAAGCAAGAAUACAAGGAGCCGACGCUCGCCGAGGCCAAGGUGCUGGCGAUGAAGGUGCUAUGGAAGACGCUGGAUGUCAAGGUGUCGUCGGACAAGAUCGAGAUGGCCAUUCUGACGCGCAAAGACGGGAAGACGGUCGUCGAAGAGCUGAGCCGCGCCGAGGUCGCCGUCCUCAUCAAGGAGCACGAGGAGCGGGAGAAGGAGGCCGAGGCCGCCCGUCUU